GCAGCUCUCACAUAAUCUACUUCUAUACUAAGAACAUUCAUUUUUUGUGUGCAAAAUUCAGUCUGUUUGUGUCUAUUCUACAGUAAAUACAAUCCUUUUUUGUUUGGAUGUAUAAAACUUUAUUUCAAAUGGAUUCGGUGAUAACAGUCUUUUUCCUUGUUUGUGUGGGUUUUACAUUGCAAGAAGCAGUGCAAGCAGAUACAAAUCCAUUACUGGAAAUCAAGUAUGGACAGUUACGAGGGAAAAUAGUUCAUGUGAAAGAGACAGAUCAAGCAGUGGAUGCUUUUCUUGGAAUCCCUUUUGCAAAAGCUCCAGUUGGAUCAUUAAGAUUUGCACCUCCUCAACCAGUAGAACCAUGGAACUCCAUCCUAGAUGCAACACGGCAUCCACCCUUAUGUUUGCAAAGCAGAGAAUCAAAUUUUUACUUCGCUGAAAUGUACCAAUCAGAUAUAGAAAUACCCCCAAUGUCAGAGGACUGCUUGUUUCUAAAUGUCUUCACUCCUGCAAACCGAGAAAAACAUUACAAGUUUCCUGUCAUGGUGUUUAUCCACGGAGGAGGUUUGGUGGAAGGAGGAGCAGCACUUUAUGAUGGAGCUGCUUUAUCUGCUUAUGAACAUGUGGUGAUGGUGUCAAUCCAGUACAGGCUGAACAUACUGGGUUUCUUUAGUACAGGAGAUGAGCAUUCACAUGGGAACUUAGGAUUUUUGGAUCAGGUUGCUGCAUUAAAGUGGGUUCAGGAAAAUAUUGAGGAUUUUGGAGGAGACCCACAGUCUGUUACUAUAUUCGGUGAAUCUGCUGGUGGAGUCAGUGUUGCUGCACAUAUGCUAUCACCGUUAUCAAAGAAUUUGUUCCACAGAGCAAUAGCUGAGAGCGGAGUUGCAUUAAUGCAUGAACUGAUAUUCAGUAAAGCUGAAGAUGUAAUAUUAUUCAGAAAUUUUGUUGCUAAGUUGGCUGGCUGUGCUUCACGUUAUUCAUCUGUUAUAGUAGACUGUUUGAUGAAGAAAACAGAAGAAGAACUUAUCACACUCCUUUCAAAUCCGCAAUUUCCAAUCACCCCUGCCUGUGUAGAUGGAGUGUUCCUACCCAAACAUCCAGAAGAGCUUCUGGCUGCGAAAGAGAGCCACCGUGUUCCUUAUAUAAUUGGUGUAAAUAACCAGGAGUGUGGGUGGAUUCUUCCACAGUUCAUGAAUCUUACGCACGUGAUAGAAAAAAUGGAUAAAGACACUACACACUCAAUUCUCCUCGAUGGUCCUUUCUUAGGUAUAAGGCCCGAAACUGUUCCCAUAAUUAUAGAUGAUUACUUUGGUCAUACGGAGGAUCCAGUAGAAAUACGAAACAAGUUUAUUGAUUUAUGUGGAGAUCACAUGUUUGUUGUGCCUGCCAUCAAAACUGCCAGAUAUCACAGAGAUUCUGGUCUCCCUGUUUACUUCUAUGAAUUUCAGUAUCGUCCCUCAAUGUUUCAUAAAUCCUUGCCAGAUCAUGUAAAAGCGGAUCAUACAUUUGAGCUCAUAUUUGUUUUGGGGGGCCCAUUCAGGGAAAAGAACGUCAUGUUUAGCACUCCUGCCACCGAUGAAGAAAAAUCCUUAAGUAGAACAAUUAUGAAAUACUGGGCCAACUUUGCUCGACAUGGUGACCCUAAUGGACCUGGUCUUGUAGAAUGGCCGGCGUAUGAUGAAGAGGAAGAUUAUCUGGGACUCAAUUUGAAACAAAAAUCAUCAAAAAAGCUAAUAGAGAAAAGAGUAGAGUUUUGGACAGUUUCACUUCCUGAGAAAAUUCGGAUGUUACAGGAAGAGAAAAAAGACCACACAGAACUUUAGAUAUAUACAGGAUCUGUAUUAUUCAUGCUAGAACUGGUCCCUUUUCUAAAAUAAGCUUUACAACGUAUUGACACAAUGUGACAUAAGCUAAUGAAAUUCUGUUUUUGGUUAUGAAUUGAUGUUACUACUCCAUGUUAAUAGUUUCAAUCUAAUAGUUCAAAUUUAAAGACUUUCAUAUGAUUAAUCUAUUCUUUUACACUUUCAGUCACUCUGCAGUUUCACAUAAUAAUAAAUGCUUUAUA